AUGAAUAUCUUUCAAGUGUCCUCACUCGGUCAGCCAAUGGAAGUGCUAAAGACUCAUUUGGCUGCCAACCGAAAAGAUACGUUGUUAGAUGCAGUCAAGAAAACCUGGGCCCGUGGCCGUGUGGGGGCCUUCUACCAAGGACUCAUUCCCUGGGCAUGGCUAGAGGCAUCUACUAAGGGAGCAAUUCUUAUUCUUGCAUCAACUGAAGUUGAACAUCAUGCUAGGACAAAGUUGAACGCCUCAGCUACAGCAAGUGGAGUUUUAGGUGGCAUUGCUGGUGGUGUUGCCCAGUCAUAUCUCACAAUGGGAAUGACAACAUGCAUGAAGACCGUCGAGGUCACCCGCACAAAACUUGGUGCCGAUGGUGCAAAGGUGCCGGGAACAAUGGAAACAUUCUUCCAACUGCUUCGGGAGAAAGGCAUUCGGGGUGUAAACAAGGGUGUUAACGCAGUCGCUUUACGACAAGUGACGGGUUGGUCAUCGAGAAUUGGUAUCUCUCGCUUUGCAGAAGAAACCAUUCGCUCAGUGAAUGGAAAGAGCAAGGAUGAAAAGCUCAAAUUCGGUGAAAAGAUCCUGGCUUCAACCAUUGGUGGCGCGCUAAGUUGCUGGAAUCAGCCAUUCGAGGUUCUCCGUGUAGAAAUGCAAUCUAUGAAGAACGAUCCCACUCGCCCAGCAUCUCCCACAAUGGUGUCCACAUUCAAACACAUUCUUACAACCUCUGGUGUUAAAGGGUUGUUCCGCGGUGUGAUUCCCCGCAUCGGCGUUGCAGCAUGGGCCACAAUCUGUAUGGUUGGAUUUGGUGACACCGUCAAGGAAAUGGUGAAGUGA